AUGGCUGGUUUUAAUGAUAACGUUGCUGUAAUGGGAGAGUGGUUAGACUGUACUCCUUACACCAGGAAGAGAUCAAAAGCGGAACUUGAUAGAGAGGUUUCUUUAGAAGACAUCAAGAAUAAGGACUUUCUGCAAAACAUCUCUCAAGAGAAACCGUGGUGUUCACGAGGUGGUCUUAGUGAAAGGCUUGCUGCGAGAGCCGGGUUUAAUGUACCGAGGCUAAACACUGAGAGUAUUCUUCAGUCUCCAUGUUUAACCAUCUCUUCUCCUGGAGUUAGCCCUGCGACUCUGCUAGACUCUCCGGUUUUCCUCUCAAACCCUUUGCCAUCUCCAACAACCGGGAAGCUCUCAUCACUACCUUAUGGAAAAGCUAAAGAUGAGUUCUUUGACGACAUUGCCACAUCCUUAGCCUUUCACCAAUCCAUUCCAAGAAGGAGCCUUGAUUCUACAGUAGAGCCCGAUGAGUCCCAAGACUACGAGCAAACACAGCCCGGCGGUUUAGGAGACUCGGCGCCUAGUGGUGCAGCAGCAGAUGAUGGAUACAACUGGAGGAAAUACGGACAGAAGCUAGUUAAAGGAAGCGAGUAUCCACGUAGCUAUUACAAGUGCACACACCCGAACUGUGAGGUGAGGAAGAAGGUUGAACGGUCUAGGGAAGGUCAUAUUACAGAGAUCAUAUACGCAAAGGCUCAUAAUCAUCCGAAACCUCCACCUAACCGCCGCUCAGGCAUUGGAUCAUCCGGUACAGGGCUUGACAUGCAAAUAGAUGGAGCUGAGCAAGAAGGUUUUGCUGGAACCAAUGAGAAUAUAGAAUGGACAUCACCUGUAUCCGCAGAGCUCGAAUACGGUAGCCUUUCUGGAUCAAUGCAGGUUCAAUGCGGGACUCAGUUCGGGCAUGGUGAUGCUGCAGCUGAUGCCUUCUUCAAAGAUGAUGAUGAAGAAGAACGCACGUCCCACAUGAGUGUUCCCCUGGGUUACGAAGGAGAAGUAGAUGAAUCCGAGUCAAAGAGAAGGAAACUCGAAGCUUAUGCAACGGAGAUGAGUGGAUCGACCAGAGCCUCCCGUGAGCCAAAAGUAGUGGUGCAGACCACAAGUGACAUUGACAUCCUCGAAGAUGGUUAUCGCUGGCGCAAGUACGGCCAAAAAGUCGUCAAAGGAAACCCGAAUCCAAGGAGUUACUAUAAAUGCACAGCUAAUGGAUGUAUCGUAACGAAGCAUGUGGAGAGAGCUUCUGAUGACCUCGCGUCCGUACUAACCACUUACAUAGGCAAGCACACCCACGAAGUACCAGCAGCACGCAGCAACAGCCACGUCAGUUCAGGGACCAUCCAAGGCGGUUCAGCGACUCAGACCCACAACCACCAUGUGCAGUAUCCAGCGCCACGCAGCAGAUCCGAGGGACUGGUCACAGCCAACUCAUCCCUAUUCGACUUCCAGCAACACAUGAGGCCUCCUUCGGGUUUCUCGGUUUACGUAGGCCAAAGUGAGCUUUUGGAUCUUUCAAUGCCUAGUUUAGCUAUCGGGCAAGAGAGGCUUCCCGGCCUGCCAGGGCCUGAUGACAUUGGUGAUGCAGCCGGGCUGAUGUUACAGUUGGCAGCAGAGCCGAAGGUGGAACCAGGGUCACAGCAGGGACUUGGAAUGUCGACGAGCUCAUUGAUAUACAGAGAUAUAAUGAGUAGGUUACCACAAAUAUGA